CACAAACACAUAUCCUAAUCUCAGAACUAAGACAGCUGAGAUGAAGAAAAUGCAGACCUCUAGCUAUUUCUUUUUUCUACCCACUCUCCUUGUCCUGCUUUCUCUGGCUAAAGGGCAGCCCCUUGUUCCUGCAAUGUUCAUAUUUGGAGACUCAGUCAUGGAUGCCGGCAACAACAAUCACCUCUCCACCAUUAUAAAAUCAAACUUCCCUCCCUAUGGAAGAGACUUCGUUGAUCACAAACCAACUGGAAGAUUCUGCAACGGAAAAUUAGCUGCGGACUUAAUUGCUGAAAACAUUGGCUUCACUUCGUAUCCUCCGGCUUACCUUAGUAAAAAUGCCACUGGAAGCAAUCUGUUGAUUGGUGCCAACUUUGCCUCUGCUUCCUCUGGUUACUAUGAUACUACAGCAAAGCUAUAUGAGACCCUUUCACUGCCUCAGCAACUAGAACAUUACAAGAAGUACCAGAAACAGCUGGCGGCAAUCGCCGGACAAUCCAAUGCUUCCUCCAUAAUAUCCGGCGGUCUCUACAUGCUCAGUGACGGAGCUAGUGACUUCCUUCAGAACUAUUACAUUAAUCCCCUGCUGUACAAAGUCUACACACCCGAUCAAUUCUCCGAUAUCCUCAUGCAUUCCUACUCCAAUUUCAUUCAGAAAUUGUAUGGAUUGGGAGCAAGGAAGAUCGGAGUGACGUCAUUGCCACCGUUGGGGUGUUUACCGGCAGCCAUCACGGUUUUCGGCGAGGACAGCAACAAAUGCGUCGCCAAAUUAAACCGAGACGCCGUUUCAUUCAACAACAAACUCAACACGACAUCUCAAAGCCUGCAAAAACAGCUGUCCGGCCUCAAUCUCCUUGUCUUCGACAUCUACAAACCUCUCCUCGAUCUCGUCAAUCACCCUGCCGACAACGGGUUUGCGGAGGCGAGGAAGGCUUGCUGCGGAACAGGGCUGCUGGAAACGGCGAUUCUCUGCAACUCUAAGUCGAUCGGAACGUGUGCGAACGCGACGGAGUACGUGUUUUGGGAUGGUUUCCAUCCGUCGGAGGCUGCGAACAAGAUGUUGUCCGAUGCUCUCUUAGUCGAGGGCAUCUCCCUCAUCCUUUAAUAAUGGAGUUGUGUUCUUUAUGCUAUUAUGUUGUC